AUGAUGCGAGCAGGAGGAGUGAUGAUGGUGCGCCCCGUGCUGCUGGUACUUGCCCUGUGCUGCGCUUGUGUCUGCGUGACGGCUGCUGCAGAGCCGGGGAAGGCAGCUGUCCAGAAUUCCGGUACCACAGUUGCCCAGCAGAAAGCAAAUGGUGACACUGCGAUAAGAGCCCAAGAGGAGAGAGCCGAAGCCAUUCGAAAGGUCGAUAAAGCCCUCAAAAAUUCUGCUACGGCAGCUGAAGCUGUGGAAAAUGCAGUUAAUUUAGUCAUUUCAGGUUUGAGUGACGCAAAAGUGUGUGAAGGAAGCGCUACAGAAGCAGUGGAGUAUGCUGGAGAAGCGUCUUCCCAUCUUUGCAAGGUUUAUGAUCUUCUGUUGAUUGAGUUAAAAAAGGGUCAUGGCACUAUUUUGACCAACGAUGCAGCAGUGGUGAAAGCGAUUGCUACUGCCGAGGCUGCAAUGACGGCUGCUGUAAGUUCGAUGGGGAAGGCUAAAGAGGCGGAGGUCAGAGCCAACUCGACGGCAGAAAAGGCGCUCUCUUUUGUGAAGCAGGCAGAGGAGGCGUUGGCGAACGCGAAGAAGGCAGUUCAAGAAGCCUCAGCUGCCGCGACGGGCUCUGGAGCAGCAACGAAGGCUAAGGAGGCAGCGGAUGAGUUUACAAAAGCAGUGGAGAGUGCAACGAAAGCUGCAGUGAAGAGUGCAGAGACGGUUGCAGUGGAGUCAAGCAAUACUGCCAUGAAGGCGAAGGACGUUUUUGCAAAAGCAAGGGAGUCAGCACAGCAUGCCAAAAAGGCGGUCGAUGAAUUUCGAAAGUUGGCCAAAUUAGCCCCGCGAACCGCUCUUUCCAGCCCUCCCCCGAGUUUUCUUUCUGCCGAAAUGGCCAACAGGAGUUUGCUAUAUACAAUGGACGAUAUCUAUUUUGCUCAGGUUUUUGUGAAGAGUACCAAAAAUGCGGCUGAUGAAUUACUAGUGGAAGCCAAAAAGCUGGCGAACCUUGCUGAAGUGACGAAGCAAGAAGGCGAAACAGCCAAUGUCCGUGUUGGCAAAGUAAAGGCGGCUCUCGAGGCCGCGCAGAGCCAGGCACAGACUGAGUUGAAACAACUACUGGCUGAAUUAAAAACCUUGACAGAAAAGCAGAUUCACAGUGAGCCCCCAACGGGGCAGCAGGAAAGUAAAACUGAUCCGCCAGCAACAGAACUCCCAACGACUGCGAGUGCUGAUGUGCCAAAGGUCGACCCGAAAGAGUUAAUAAAGAACAAGAAUGCGGACAGCAGCAGCAGUAGUGCGUGGGUGUGUGCCCCGCUGCUUGUUCUUGUGUGUGUGCUGUCCUGCAGCAUCGCUGUGUGGUAA